AUGGUGGACAGCGGCAGCGGGGACUGCAGCAGCCCGGCGUCGGGUGGCAGCGACGACAGUAGCAGCGUCGGCUGCAGCGGCCCGGCGAUCGCGACGGAGACCGCCUGGUGCGUCGGCAUAGGGACCGGCCAGGAAGAGGCGGAUCUCCUGGACAGCAGUGGUGAGAUCGCGGAGGGCUGCGAUGAUGGAUCCACUUCUUCGGCCUCUACUAUUAUGGAUUCACCUUGUCACCAAGGUGAUGGUUCUCAAUGUGCUGAAGUAAUGGGGUCACAAUUCCAUUUUCCAGAGGACAUUCUUCAUCAUAUACAUGCUCUCAUGCUUAUGAGAGAUGCUGCUCGUGCUGCAUGUGUGUCUCGUGGUUUUCUGCAUUCUUGGAGAUUCUAUCCCAAACUCAUCCUUGAUAUUAAUACACUAGGACUAAACAAGGAUGCAUCUAAAGGAGUAAUAACAGAGAAAUUUAUCACUAGAGUUGACCGCAUCAUGCACAAUCAUGCUGGCACGGGAUUAAACAUAUUUAAACUUGUGACAUACCCUUGUUCCAAUAUUCACCCUAGUUAUGUUGACCGGUGGCUUGAAAUUGCUAUUACGCCCGCAACUAAAGAAUUGACACUACAAAUUACCCAAGGUGGUGAGAUAGAAUACAACUUCCCGUGUUCACUUUUAUCUUCAGAUAAGGGAAGCUCAUUGCAUUCUAUUUUCCUUGCGGAAUGUUCCUUGCACUCUGUGGUGCAAGUUGGUUCCAUGCGUAGCUUGACAAGUGUGGGUUUGAGUUCAGUUCACAUUACUGGGGAGGAACUAUGUUGCUUCCUGUCCAAUAGUUGCUCUUUGGAGUAUUUGUGCCUUUCGCAGUGCGAUGAUAUAACUUCUUUGAAGAUACCUUGUGUGCUUUUGCGGUUUAAUGUCUUGGAUGUGACGAGUUGCAAACUUCUGGAGAUGAUUGAAAACAAUGCUCCAAGGCUCUCCACUUUCAACUAUAACGGACGUGUGAUACACAUCUCACUUGGAGCUUCAUUGCAAGUGAGUAAAUUAGGAAUGGCUUGUGCAUAUGAGCCUGACAUGCUAUAUUAUGCUUCUACCAGGCUUCCUUCUAUUGCACCAAAUAUCCAAUCCCUUUAUCUGUCAACACGUGAUGAGACGGUUGAUACACCAAUGGUGCUUGGUAGAUUCCUCCAGCUCAAUUACUUGGAGAUAGAACUUCUUAGACCAACAUAUUCCCCGGAUUAUGAUUUUUGUUCCCUGGUUUCCUUUAUUGAUGCUUCUCCCAACUUGAGGACUUUUAUAUUGCGUGUAAGUACUCAUUUGUCCAUGUGA